CUGUGAUAUAAGUGUACCGUCAUACAGAACGGUGGGCCGAUUGCACUGCAAGGGCACCCGUUACUAAAGCCAUCUUUCCCCAUAUAUCGCCAUUGACGGAACUUGACCCUUCCGACCUCACGUGUCGGAUAUACUGAUUCCUAUAUAUAGAGAAAUACCACCAAAUGUCUCCGAUUGUGCUACCAGUCUUUACAGCCCACCGCAUAGGCGUCAAUUGUAUGCAUGAUGGACGUCCUCCUUGAUGUCCUCGAUACUUUCCUACUCGACCGGUUCUACGCCACGGUCCUCCCCAAGUCGACAGACCAGUUCCAAUGGACUCCCAUGAAUGGCACUGAGAUCCCUAGCACGUUGAACGAGAGGGUCAAUCGUUACAUGCCCUUGGAACCGUCGAAAUGGGCGACGGAGAGUCUCCUACCUAGAGACCAUAUUGUUCGCCAAUUCCUGAGUCUCUUCGCCGUCUCAUGGCUCUUCGCCCUCAUGCUCUACUACCUAACAGCAACACUCUCCUUCCACCUCGUCUUCGACAAACGCUCCAUGAAGCACCCCAAAUUCCUCCACAACCAAGUCCACCUCGAAAAGCAACAAGCGUACAGCGCCAUCCCAGUAAUGGCCUUACUGACAGCGCCCUUCUUCGUCGCAGAGGUACGCGACUACACCAAGCUCUACGACUUCUCCACAGACGCCCCCUUCCCGCUCUACACAGCCCUCCAGUUCCCUCUCUUCAUCGUCUUCACCGAUUUCGGCAUCUACUGGAUCCACCGUGGACUGCACCACCCUUGGGUGUAUAAGAACCUGCACAAGCCGCACCAUAAGUGGAUUAUCUCGACGCCGUUCGCGAGUUACGCGUUUCAUCCGCUGGAUGGCUGGGCGCAGAGUGUGUCUUACCAUGUUUAUCCGUUUCUCUUUCCGCUGCAGAAGUGGGCUUAUCUGGCGCUGUUUAUGUUUGUCACGGUUUGGACCGUUAUGAUUCACGACGGCGAAUACGCCAUGAACUCCCCCCUCGUAAACGGCUCCGCCUGCCACACCAUCCACCACUACUACUUCAACUACAACUACGGCCAGUACACCACCCUGUGGGAUCGUUUGGGCGGUAGCUACCGCAAGCCCGACGCCGCGCUCUUCAGCCGCGAGACGCGCAUGAAGCAGUCUGAGAUCGACAAGCAGGUCAAGGAGAUGAACAGGCUUGUCAAGGAGGUUGAGGGGACUGAUGAGCGGUGUUAUGAGGUAGCUACUGAGCCGAAGAAGGUGCGGUAG